AUGCGUGUAAUGGUAAUCUAAACCUACCUGUCCGCUGGGUGGUGAUGAGUUAUGGGGAUACCUGUGUUCAGAGCUGUCAUAGACCAGGCUUGUUGUAUUUAAUCAGGGCUGACGCGACGGUCUGGGGGCGUGGAACGGCGGCGACAGACUGAUGAUGAAUAUCUAUCUUUUGCUCUGAUUUUCACCCACUCUUUCUGUCAGUUUCUUUCUCUGCCUCUUUUUUCCCCUCCUUCAGCUCUCCUUUCCUACUCACUUAUUCCCCCCCCCCCCCACGCAGUAGCCCCUGCUCCAUGGAUACCUCAAUUAGGGUAAAUGGAGUGAGUGAUGCAUGGAUGAGGAGAGAACAAACAAACGGAUGGAGCGUCUGGGGUGGACCUCCUAAUGAGCAGUUGAUUGUCUCAUCAGUCUGCUUCAUACACGCCUCGUUUCCGCCCUGAGAGGAACAGACCCACAGAGAGGUGACAUACCACCCAGGUCGUGUUCACUAUGGCAAACUGUAGCAAAAACCUUUGAAACAGAAAUGUGUUUAAAGAACUGUAGGUAUUACCUCCCUGUAUUGCUUUUUCAAACCUGUUCCGUGCCUCAACCUAGUCAUUUCUCUUAUGAUACUGUCUGUUCCCACCUCCUAAAGCCCACUAAGGCAACUCCAUUGAAGCAGUUGUUAUGAACGCACUGUGUGCUGUCCUCUUCACCACCUUUGACCAGCCACUCUAUGCCCCAUUUAACUUUGUGAAUUUUGCUCGCUUGAAAUCGUCUGGCAGGUGGGUCUUUUGAGUGAUCUGAUUGUUGAGUAAAGCCUAGCGCCUAAUACCUUUGGUCAACAUCAUAACCUUCAUUCGGCCUUGUGUCCCUUCCACCUAAGUCUUUCUCUACUGAAACCUUCAAAUCAAAGUUUAUUGGUCGCGUACACAGAUUUGCAGGUGCAGCUAAAUACUUGUCAUACUAGCUCCAACAGUGCAGUAGAAUGUCUAGCAAAUACAACACAAAUAACAUAAACAUUUAAACAGGAAAUGUCAGAAUGAGUCCCAUGUCGGAUUCCAGAAUGUAAAUAUGUGGUGUGACAGUAUAUCAUUUGGGAAAGAAAAUUACAUGUACAGUAGUAGGUCCACUACCAGUCAAAAGUUUGGACACACCUUCUAUAUUUUUACUAUGUUUUACAUUGUAGAAUAAUAGUGAAGACAUCAAAAUGAAAUAACACAUAUGGAAUCAUGUAGUAACCAAUAAAGUGUUAAACAAAUCAAAAUAUAUUUUAUAUUUGAGAUUCUUCAAAUAGCCACCCUUUGCCUUGAUGACAGCUCUGCACACUCUUGGCAUUCUCUUAACCAGCUUCACCUCGAAUGCUUUCCAACAGUCUUGAAGGAGUUCCCACAUAUGCUGAGCACUUGUUGGCUGCUUUUCCUUCACUCUGCGGUCCGAUUCAUCCCAAACCAUCUCAAUUGGGUUGAGGUCGGGGCAUUGUGGAGGCCAGGUCAUCUGAUGCAGCACUCCAUCACUAUCCUUCUUGGUCAAAAGCCCUUACACAGCCUGGAGGUGUGUUGGGUCAUUGUCCUGUUGAAAAACAAAUGAUAGUCCCACUAAGCCCAAACCAGAUGGGAUGGCGUAUCGCUGCAGAAUGCUGUGGUAGCCAUGCUGGUUAAGUGUGCCUUGAAUUCUAAAUAAAUCACACAGUGUCACCAGCAAAGCACCAUCACACCACCUCCUCCAUGCUUUACGGUGGGAAAUGCACAUGCAGAGAUCAGCCGUUCACCCACACCGUUUCUCACAAAGACACGGCGAUUGGAACCAAAAAUCUCAAAAUUGGACUCCAGACCAAAGGACACAUUUCCACUGGUCUAAUGUCCAUUGCUCGUGUUUCUUGGCACAAGCAAGUCUAUUCUUAUUAUUGGUGUCCUUUAGUAGUGGUUUCUUUGCAGCAAUUCGACCAUGAAGGCCUGAUUCACACAGUCCCCUCUGAACAGUUGAUGUUGAUGUAUCUGUUACUUGAACUCUGAGAAGCAUUUAUUUUGGCUCGAAUUUCUGAGGCUAGUAACUCUAAUGAACUUAUCCUCUGCAGCAGAGGUAACUCUGGGUCUUCCAUUCCUGUGGCGGUCCUCAUGAUUAUUCUGGCAUUUCACAUUGUUAAAAUAAAGUGGUGAUCCUAACUGACCUAAGACAGGGCAUUUUUACUAGGAUUAAAUGUCAGGAAUUGUGAAAAACUGAGUUUAAAUGUAUUUGGCUAAGGUGUAUGUACAUUUCUGACUUCAGCUGUACAUACACAGUGAGUAAACGGCAGUAAUUUAAAUAGUACAUGAAGUGAUCAGACCCCUUGACUUUUUCCACGUUUUGUUACGUUACAGCCUUUUUCUAAAAUUGAUUAAAUUGUUUUUUUUCCCUCAUCAAUCUACACACAAUACCCCAUAAUGACAAAGUGAAAACAGGUGGACUCAAAUCAAGUUGUAGAAACAUCUCAAGGAUGAUCAAUGGAAACCAGAUGCACCUGAGCUCAAUUUAGAGUCUAAUAGCAAAUAAGGUAUUUCUGUUUUUAAAAAAUAAAAAUGUACAAACAUUUCUCAACCUGUUUUUGCUUUGUCGUUAUGGGGUAUUUUGUGUAGAUUGAGAUGAUAUUUAAGUGUGUUCCAAAUAAAUAUCUCCAGCCUGCUGGUUAAGACGAGGGGCUCAAGGUAAUUUCUGUUACUUCUUGAGAGACAAGUCCUGGAUAGUUUCAGGUCAUUGACCACAUGCCCAGUCUCUGCUGGGUUUCAGAGAGGAGGACUGAGUUUGUGUGUGUGUCCUAAAGAAAACGUUGGAGUGGCUUACACACACAGUCUUUCACAUACACACACUGUUGUAUAUUAAUGCAUCUUCAUAAUUCAUGGACACAUACAUGCUUAAACAUGCGGCAGCAUUCUUCCUGGAAUAUGAAUUGAUGGAAUGUAUAUUCAUACAUGCUGGCGUUCUGUGUUAUUUGAUAUACACUGAACAAAAAUAUGAACGUAACAAUUUCAAGGAUUUUACUGAGUUACAGUUCAAAUAAGGAAAUCAGCCAAUUGAAAUAAAUAAAUUAGGGCCUAAUCUAUGGACUUCUAAUGGCUGGGAAUACAGAUAUGCAUCUGUUGGUCACAGAUGCACUAUACAGUGCAUUCGGAAAGUAUUCAGACCCCUUCCCUUUUUCCACAUUUUGUUACGUUACAGCCUUAUUCUAAAAUUGAUAUACAAUUAUUUUUUUCAAUCGACACACAAUACACCAUAAUGACAAAGCGAAAACAGGUUUGUAUUUUAUUUUGCAAAUGUAUAAAAAAAACGGAUACCUUAUUUACAUAAGUAUUCAGACCCUUUGCUAUGAGACUCGAAAUUGAGCUCAGGUGCAUCCUGUUUCCGUUGAUCAUUCUUGAUGUUUCUACAACUUGAUUGGAGUCCACCUGUGGUAAAUUCAAUUGAUUGGACAUGAUUUGGAAAGGCACACACCUGUCUACGUAAGGUCCCACAGUUGACAGUGCAUGUCAGAGCAAAAACAAACAAGCCAUGAGUUCGAAGGAAUUGGCCGUAGAGCUCUGAGACAGGAUUGUGUCGGCACAGAUCUGGGGAAGGGUACCAACAAUUUCUGCAGCAUUGAAGGUCCUCAAGGACACAGUGGCCUCCAUCAUUCUUAAGUGGAAGAUUGGAGUUUGGAACCACCAAGACUCUUCCUAGAGCUGGCCGCCUGGCCAAACAGAGCAAUCGUUGGAGAAUGGCCUUGGUCAGGGAGGUGACCAAGAAACCGAUGGUCACUCUGACAGCGCUCCAGAAUUCCUCUGUGGAGAUGGGUGCACCUUCAAGAAGGACAGCCAUCUCUGCAGCACUCCACCAAUCAGGCCUUUAUGGUAGUGGUCAGACAGAAGCCACUCCUCAGUAAAAAGGCACAUGACAGCCCGCUUGGAGUUUGCCAAAGGGCACCUAAUGGACUCUCAGACAUUGAGAAGAAACAAGAUUCUCUGGUCUGAUGAAACCAAGAUUGAACUCUUUGCCUGAAUGCCAAGUGUCACACUCGGAGGAAACCUGGCACCAUCCCUACGGUGAAUAUGGUGGUAUCACAUCAUGCCGUGGGGAUGUUUUUCGCGGCCGGGACUGGGAUACUACUCAGAAGCCAGGAAAGAUGAACGAAACAAAGUCAAGAGAGAUCCUUGAUGAAAACCUGCUUCCAGAGGCGCUAAGGACCUCAACUGGGGCGACGGUUCACCUUCCACAGACAACCUAGGGCAAGACAACGCACGGGGUCUCUGAUGUCUGAGUGGCAGCAAGCCCGGAAUUGACCAUCGACAGGAAAAACUCGAGAGAAGAAGUGAAACUCUCCAAAUAAGGUGCCAACUGUACGUCAUACCAAUAAGACUUGAGGCUGUAAUCGCUGCCAAAGGUGCUUCAACAAAGUACUGAGUAAAGGGUCUGAAUACUUACGUAAAUUUGAUAUUUUUAUUUUUUGACAUUUGCAAACAUUUCUUAACCUGUUUUUGCUUUGUUAUUAUGGGGUAUUGUGUGUAGAUUGAGGGGGGGGGGGAAUAACUAUUUAAUCCAUUUUAGAAUAAGGCUGUAACGUAACAAAAAGUGAAGGAGUCUUUGUUCUCAGGCCUGGAGGGAAGCCAAAGUAAUUCCGCUACCCAAGAAUGGUAAAGCGGCCUUUACUGGUUCUAACAGUAGACCUAUAAGCUUGCUGCCAGCUCAUAGCAAACUUUAGGAAACAAUUGUGUUUGACCAAAUACAGUGCUAUUUCUCUGUAAACAAAUUAACAGACUUUCAACAUGCUUAUAUGGAAGGGCACUCAACAUGUACUGCACUGACACAAAUGACUGAUGAUUGGUAGAAAGAAAUUGAUAAUAAGAAGAUUGUGGGAGCUGUACUGUUAGAUUUCAGUGCAGCCUUUUGAUAUUAUUGACCAUAACCUGUUGUUGAGAAAACAUAUGUUAUGGCUUUUCAACCUCUGCCAUAUCGUGGAUUCAGAGCUAUCUAUCUAAUAGAACUCCGAGUUUUCUUUAAUGGAAGCUUCUCUAAUGUCAAACAUGUAAAGUGUGGUGUACCACAGGGCAGCUCUCUAGGCCCUCUACUAUUUUCUAUUUUUACCAAUGACCUGCCACUUGCAUUAAACAAAGCAUGUGUGUCCAUGUAUGCUGAUGAUUCAACCAUAUAUGCAUCAGCAACCACAGCUAAUGAAGUCACCGAAACCCUUAACAAAGAGUUGCAGUCUGUUUUGGAAUGGGUGGCCACUAAUAAACUGGUCCUGAACAUCUAUAAAACUAAGAGCAUUGUAUUUGGUACAAAUCAGUCCCUAAGUUCUAUACCUCAGCUGAAUCUGGUAAUGAAUGGUGUGGCUGUUGAACAAGUUGAGGAGACUAAAUUACUUGGCGUUACCUUAGAUUGUAAACUAUCAUGGUCAAAACAUAUAGAUUCAAUGGUUGUAAAGAUGGGGAGAGGUCUGUCCGUAAUAAAGAGAUGCUCUGCUUUUUUGACACUUUUUUGUCUAAUCUUGAUUAUUGUCCAGUAGUGUGGUCCAGUGCUGCAAGGAAAGACCUAGUUAAGCUGCAGCUGGCCCAGAACAGAGCGGCUCUUCAUUGUAAUCAGAGGGCUGAUAAAAAUACUAUGCGUGCCAGUCUCUCUUGGCUAAGAGUUGAGGAGAGACUGACUGCAUCACUUCUUUUUAUAAGAAACAAUGUGUUGAAAAUCCCAAAUUGUUUGCAUAGUCAACUUACACACAGCUCUGACACACGCACUUACCCCACCAGACAUGCCACCAGGGGUCUUUUCACAGUACCCAAAUCCAGAACAAAUUCAAGAAAGCGUACAGUAUUAUAUAUAGCCAUUAUUGCAUGGAGCUCCAUUCCAUCUCCUAUUGCUCAAAUAAACAGCAAACCUGGUUUCAGAAAAACAGAUAAAGCAACACCUCACGGCACAAUGCCUCUCCCCUAUUUGACCUAGAUAGGUUGUGUGUAUCUAUUGAUAUGUAGGCUACGUGUGCCUUAAAAUAAAAGUAUGUACAGUGGGGGAAAAAAAGUAUUUAGUCAGCCACCAAUUGUGCAAGUUCUCCCACUUAAAAAGAUGAGAGGCCUGUAACUUUCAUCAUAGGUACACGUCAACUAUGACAGACAAAUGGAGAAUUUUUUUUCUCCAGAAAAUCACAUUGUAGGAUUUUUUUAUGCAUUUAUUUGCAAAUUAUGGUGGAAAAUAAGUAUUUGGUCACCUACAAACAAGUAAGAUUUCUGGCUCUCACAGACCUGUAACUUCUUCUUUAAGAGGCUCCUCUGUCCUCCACUCGUUACCUGUAUUAAUGGCACCUGUUUGAACUUGUUAUCAGUAUAAAAGACACCUGUCCACAACCUCAAACAGUCACACUCCAAACUCCACUAUGGCCAAGACCAAAGAGCUGUCAAAGGACACCAGAAACAAAAUUGUAGACCUGCACCAGGCUGGGAAGACUGAAUCUGCAAUAGGUAAGCAGCUUGGUUUGAAGAAAUCAACUGUGGGAGCAAUUAUUAGGAAAUGGAAGACAUACAAGACCACUGAUAAUCUCCCUCGAUCUGGGGCUCCACGCAAGAUCUCACCCCGUGGGGUCAAAAUGAUCACAAGAACGGUGUGCAAAAAUCUGGAUAAGAGCGUCUGCUAAAUGACGUAAAUGUAAAUGUAAAAAUCUGGAUAAGAGCGUCUGCUAAAUGACGUAAAUGUAAAAAUCCCAGAACCACACGGGGGGACCUAGUGAAUGACCUGCAGAGAGCUGGGACCAAAGUAACAAAGCCUACCAUCAGUAACACACUACGCCGCCAGGGACUCAAAUCCUGCAGUGCCAGACGUCCCCCCCUGCUUAAGCCAGUACAUGUCCAGGCCCGUCUGAAGUUUGCUAGAGUGCAUUUGGAUGAUCCAGAAGAGGAUUGGGAGAAUGUCAUAUGGUCAGAUGAAACCAAAAUAGAACUUUUUGGUAAAAACUCAACUCGUCGUGUUUGGAGUACAAAGAAUGCUGAGUUGCAUCCAAAGAACACCAUACCUACUGUGAAGCAUGGGGGUGGAAACAUCAUGCUUUGGGGCUGUUUUUCUGCAAAGGGACCAGGACGACUGAUCCGUGUAAAGGAAAGAAUGAAUGGGGCCAUGUAUCGUGAGAUUUUGAGUGAAAACCUCCUUCCAUCAGCAAGGCCAUUGAAGAUGAAACGUGGCUGGGUCUUUCAGCAUGACAAUGAUCCCAAACACACCGCCCGGGCAACGAAGGAGUGGCUUCGUAAGAAGCAUUUCAAGGUCCUGGAGUGGCCUAGCCAGUCUCCAGAUCUCAACCCCAUAGGAAAAUCUUUGGAGGGAGUUGAAAGUCCGUGUUGCCCAGCGACAGCCCCAAAACAUCACUGCUCUAGAGGAGAUCUGCAUGGAGGAAUGGGCCAAAAUACCAGCAACAGUGUGUGAAGACUUACAGAAAACGUUUGACCUGUGUCAUUGCCAACAAAGGGUAUAUAACAAAGUAUUGAGAAACUUUUGUUGUUGACCAAAUACUUAUUUUCCACCAUAAUUUGCAAAUAAAUUCAUAAAAAAUCCUACAAUGUGAUUUUCUGGAGAAAAAAAAUCUCAUUUUGUCUGUCAUAGUUGACAUGUACCUAUGAUGAAAAUUACAGGCCUCUCUCAUCUUUUUAAGUGGGAGAACUUGCACAAUUGGUGGCUGACUAAAUACUUUUUUCCCCACUGUAUUUGUGCAUGAAAGUAAGGAGAAAUACGUUUUUUUUGUGUGAAUGGAAAUUUUCUGGGACGUUUUAUUUCAGCUCUUGAAACAUGGGACCAAAACCUUACAUGUUGCGUUUAUAUUAUUGUUCAGUAUACUACCUCAGAGCUAUAGCCAAAAGGAUAGGGAUUCCAUUUUUGUUUACUUUAGAUUUCGGAUGAAGAUGGAGUAAGAUGCUGCUGUGAACAUGGACUCUUCUCAGUAAAGGUUCUUGAGAGAAGGAGCUGAGGAUUAGCAACUUUUCAAGCGCAAACCAUCAACUAUGCUGUAUGACCUUUGGCUCCCAAGGUUAUCUGAACUCCAUUUAUCCCUCUCUUCUCUCCAUUUCUCACUCUCUCUUCCCCAUCUCUCGGGCACAGCUGAUCUCCUUGCUUUCUAUCCCAUCAUGCCUUGCACUUCACAGCCACGCUGACUCACAGCAACAAUCCCGCCUCAUCUGCAUGUGUUUUGAACUGUCACUUUUCGUCCUACUGCCACGUUCUCUCUCUUCCUCUCUCUUCCCCCCCCCACCCCCCCAAGUCACCCUCCAUAUUUCACAUCAUCCCUCUGCAGCAGUAUGCUUUCCAUUCCAUAUACCCAACCUAACCAGUCACAAUGGAUUCAGGGUAUGGUGGCCCUAGCCAUCAGUUAUGUGUAGGAUGUUCUAGCCUAGUGUUCCCCCUCUGUCUGUCUCGGUCCGAGAAGGACAGUAAGUGACUCAGUCUUUGUUGGUCAGUACACUGAGGAUCUCUCCAUCGGCCUGCUGCUUGCCUCUCCUGUGAUGUUUGUGUAGUUGGCGCUGUCGCACUUCCUCUGACUAGCCACCUUUCCCCCUCACUGCAUCAUGCCCCCUCGCCAACACAGAGCAGCCUUUCUCUCACUCCGGCCAAGCCAAUGUAUGAUGUCAUCCCGGAAGAAGACCAAUCAACAUUCUUAGGCCACUCUCACUCUUGUCCAGUUCAACUUCCACAGUGACCCUCAGGAUCUAGGUGUGUGUGUGUGUGUUUAACUAAAAAGCUUCAGCGUGAAUGGGUGUGUAUCGUGUGUGUGUGACGUAUCAGUGUGUUGCGAGCCAGCAGCAGUCUUGUAGGAGGAAGCAGAUCUAUCUUCAGCCCUCUUUAUCAGAUGAUCUGGUCACGGGGAAAGGCUGCGAUGGGAUACACCUCCUUAUAGGAUAUUAACACCAACAUAAAAUAAUGUUGACAACACUGCCAUACCCUGGCUUUGUGUUCAGUACGGUGUGCAACGUUGAAUUCAACGGCUGUUUGGAGAAAUGCCAUGACAGCUGCUGUCCAUAGAAAUGUAUAGAGGGGGCACCUCAGAUCUGUAAUUGAUCGCUUCUGUGAUGGCAAAGUUCAUAGAGGGCUUUCCUGUGCAGUGGCAAGUGUGCCCUCUAUACAUCUCUGGGUCCGUGUUAGGGAUGUUAACGGUUAACUGCCAAAAAUACAUUUGACUGGUCAUGUUUAUCGGGCUAGGUUAAUUUUGCUUAAUGUAGUUAAUUUGCGUAAAGUGUGUAUUUUCGUUAGUCGUCAUGCAUCUUAUUUAUCACACGCGCACAGCAUACAGAGAACCUGUUUUGAGGAGCAGAAUGGCCUAUCACCUGUCAGACAGCGCGAGAGCAGCUCCUCAAAAAGCUGGUACUGGAGUGAAACAGGCUUUUAUAAGGCCAGUCAUUUUGCCAGAAUUAACACACGAUUGCAUUUAGAAUUGUUAACUGUUUUGAUGGCCACGAUUUUAAAAAGGGCUGUUUUUAUUUCUUAACUCGUAAUUAAAGCGGGCCUGCCAUUCGAGUGCAUAGGCUAUUGUCAACGAUAGGCAAGCUAUCAGCGCAUCACCCACCACUUUACAGUGAGCUUGAGGCAGUAUAGUUGUUUGAAACCUGAACUUUUGACUACUUCAAAAAAUGAGUCUUAACUUGCUUCAAAGUAACCUAGCCAAAAUCCAACCAUAUAAAUGUGGAGGCAAGACUUCCUCAGGCCAUUUUAACCAGCAUUUCUCUCCUGAAGAAGGGAUGUGUGAAGAAAAGAGAAAAUGGGAGAGGGACAGAGGAUGGGAAAUGCAGAUGGAUGAAGUGAAGAGGACGAUGAGAGGAACAGACGGAAAGGAAGAAAGAAGAGGGGGAGUGAACAGUGGAGGAGAGAUGUCAAAGGAUGUGGGUGUGUGAGGGCAAGCUGUGAGUCUGGGACAGACCGAGGAGAGGGAGGCUGAGAGCAGCUGUACUGCAGUGCAGAACACCCAGUACUCUGUAUGUGUGUAUUUCCUCUGUUUUAUGGAGAUAACCUGAUCCUAGGUCUUUCCUUUGGCUGGAUUAUAUUACUCCAAUAAAAAGAGGAGGAAUCCAUUGAGUUCUUCCAUCCUUUUUGCAGAUUCCACAUCCUCUGUAUCCUACCGCUCUCUCACGUCUUGCUGCUUUUACUCCUUCACCCACUCCCCUUUGCUCCUGACAUCAUCUCUUUUUACAUCCCCCGCUUUACUUUUCUCCCUCCAUCUCUUUGUCUCCCUCUGGUCUGGCAGAGAUCAGCUGUCUCAAGGCUCUGCUUAGAUCAGGCAGGAUUGACUUUGGCAUCCCUCUUUCUUUCCCUCCAUCACUCCUCUCGCUCCCCUUCGAUCUCCCUUUUUGUUCCCCUGCUCUAGUCUGUUUUCACACACUCUGAGAUUGUGCUUCCACUGCUGCCACUAGGGACACCUUGGCAGGACAGCUUUCCACAGCAAAAUGGUAUCGGUGCAUAAAUGGGGUGCAAAAUGGUACAGCAGAGGUUAGCCUUACUGUUACGGUUUCUAACGGCAGCCUAAAGAAAGGGGAUCAAAAAAUGAAGGCAAGUGGUCACCAAACGGCCGAUCGGCAUUCCUAGUCAAUUGCGUAACAUUUCUAUAAAAAACCUAACGAAAAAACCUUGCAUUCCUACUAUUUUCUGUCUACCGCUGUUGGUAAUAGGUGCACUUGUUUCAGCUGCCCUGCGCAGCUGGUAGGCGACGCGUUCCCAUUUUGAACCAUUUCAUUGUGUACAAACUCUGCCUCGUCGGCGUGCCCGGAGAGCAAAUCAAGUGUACCUACAGGCCUACCGCUAGCCAGUCGGAUUGCUCAGAUCAGUGUGUGCAGCUAAACUAAACGUAAUUCAAAUACUUUGUUUCCUAACUUUGCGUCGUCUUCAGUCCAGCCAGAGUCCGUCGAAGAACAGGAAGUGACCAAACCACAGAAGAUGAUUACUGUGGUUUUUGGUGACGGCUUUAUGGGAUAACUAGCAACUUGUAAACAAUGACCCAUUCCUGUAAGUGAGUGCUAUUUUAAUGGUAAUGUUAAAUAAUAGGCUACACGUUGGCUGUUAAGCAAAUUGACUGUUGCCUCCCAUUUUAAGUUUAUUGGGAUGUAAUGACGUUUUGUUAUUGAUGAUAAUUAUUAGGUGGAGGUCGCUAGCUACAGUGGGUAUCUCCAACCUAGCCUAGCUUUUAGCUAGCUAGCUGCUCUGCAAGCUAGCUUGACUUGCUAUAAAGUUAGAGAAACAAAUUGAGGAAAAAGUAAUAAACAAAGCAUGUUUUAUCACCUGAAACAAUAUAUUUCUGUCUUGAAUGAAAAGGUCAUGUUUUGCAAUCUCCCAAAAUAGAUGCGAUCUCUGACGAGCGACAGGUUCUCCUCCAUCUUGCGUUACAAAGACUUCACUGUGACGUGUCUGGGGGAAACCCAGACACAUCACAUGGGCUAUGAAGUUGAAGCAUCAGUUUAGAAAGUUUUCUCACCCUCAAAUAUGGUAGUGGGAGGAAGUCCAGUAGUGGGAGAAGAUGGAACGAGGUGAAACUGGGCUGACAUUCUGCUCAUUUUGUCAUUGAUGAAACAUCUGAUCUCAAUACAUUUUCCUGUUCCCAAAACUAUACUGAAAAAAUAUGUAUAAACACAACAUGUAAAGUGUUGGUCUCGUUUUUUCAUGAGCUGAAAUGAAAAAUCCCAGAAAUGUCAUGCGCACAAAAAGCUUAUUUCUCUCAAAUUUUGUGCACAAAUUUGUUUACAUCCCUGUUAGUGAUCAUUUCUCCUUUGCCAAGAUAAUCCAUCCACCUUACAGGUGUGGAAUAUCAAGAAGCUGAUUAAACAGAAUGAUCGUUAGACAGGUGCACCUUGUGCUGGGGAUAAUAAAAGGCCACUCUAAAAUGUGCAGUUUUGUCACAGAACACAAUGCCACAGAUGUCUCAAAUUUUGAGGGAGUGUGCAAUUGGCAUGCUGACUGCAGUAAUGCCCACCAGAGCUGUUGCCGGAGAAUAGAAUGUUCAUUUCUCUACCAUAAGCCGCCUCCAACAUUGUUUUUAGGGAAUUUGGCAGUACAUCCAACCGGCCUCACAACCGCAGACAACGUGUAACCACGCCAGCCCAGAGCCUUCACAUCCUGCUUCUUCACCUGUGGGAUGGUCUGAGAUGAGCCACCCGGACAACUGAUGAAAGAAUUUCUGCACAAACUGUCAGAAACCGCCUCAGGGAAGCUCAUCUGCGUACUCGUCGUCCUCACCAGGGUCUUGACCUGACUGCAGUUAGGCGUCGUAACCGACUUCAGUGGGCAAAUUAUCACCUUCAAUGGCCACUGGCACACUGGAGAAGAGUGGUCUUCACGGAUGAAUCCCAGUUUCAUCUGUACCGGGCAGAUGGCAGACGUAUGGCAUUGUGUGGGCGAGCGGUUUUCUGAUGUCUAUGUUGUGAACAGAGUGCCCCAUGGUGGCGUUGGGGUUAUGUUAUGGGAAGGCAUAAGCUACGGACAACAAACACAAUUGCAUUUUAUCGAUCCUGAGGCCCAUUGUCAUGCCAUUCAUCCGCCGCCAUCACCUCGUUUCAGCAUGAUAAUGCAUGGCCCCAUGUCGCAAGGAUAUGUACACAAUUCCUGGAAGCUGACAAUGUUCCAGUUUUUCCAUGGCCUGCAUACUCACCAGACAUUUCAACCAUUGAGCAUGUUUGGGAACUCUAGAUCAAUGUGUACGACAGCGUGUUCCAGUUCCCGCCAAUAUCCAGCAACUUCACACAGCCAUUGAAGAGUGGGACAACAUUUUACAGGCCAUAAUCAACAGCCUGAUCAACUCAAUGCGAAGGAGAUGUGUCGUGCUGCAUGAGGCAAAUGGUGGUCACACCAGAUACUGACUGGUUUUCUGAUCCACAACCUACUCUUACAUUAUUUUUUUUAAGGUAUCUGUGACCAACAGACGCAUAUCUGUGUUCCCAGUCAUGCGAAGACCAUAGAUUAGGGCCUGAUUUAAUUUAUUUCAAUUUACUGAUUUCCUUCUAUGAACUGUAACUCGGUAAAGUCUUUGAAAUUGUUGCAUGUUGCGUUUUUAUUUUUGUUCAGUGUAGAAUUUGUUACGAACACAGUGCGCUAAGUUUCAUAGAUUUAACGCUUUGUGUUUAGGAGUGCAAGGUUGAAUUGAGUUUGCACUUCACAGAGAAAAUAUGCAAAUACAUGCUACAACGCGCCAAUAGGAUCUCGCUAGCUUGUGCUUGGCUUCGUCCACCACCUUGCUAAUUCUGCUUCAUUUGCUGCUACUGUAAACGACACAGAUGAACUAUCUUGGUUUAGUGAAUAUAAAUAUAUUUGCUACAUUUAUCUGUUCAGUAGCGGGGCAAGCCUCCGUGAAGAUGGUGUACGGCGUAAUGAAAUAUGUCACUGUGUACCGAGCAUUCGCAGAGGGGGAGAGCUGAAGGGCGGUCCGACUUUGAGAGGCGGACCAUCAGAUGCAGACACCAUCAGUCCAGUAAAAUAAAGAAAGCAAACUAUUUCAGUUUUAUGCUCAUUUAGCUGUGCGUCACAAGUAAUACAAUAAAUGAUGAUCUAUUACCAGUGUGAUCAUAUACCUAAUGUUUUGAAAUAUAUAAUUUUGAUAUGGUUUGAUAAGAACAACAUUGGCAGGGCAAUUCAAGCAUAGCCAACAGACAGUGAUAAUGUAUUGGGCCUAUAGCCUACUGCACAAACCUCAUUUCUCCAGAACUGCUUUAAAUAGGUUGUUGCAUAGGCUUACUUUUUUUAAGUCAUGUUAAAACAUUUUAUCUGAGCGGUAGAGCUAGGCCUGCAUUUUGACUCUAAGUGAUCUCGGCUCAGAAAAGUUUGGUGACCACUGAUCUAGGUCUAUUUCAAGAGCAGGUUCUAGGCAAUGAUGUGUAUCAACCCUGGCUGACUGACAGGGGGCACUGUAUUGAAUCCACCGCGCAUGGGUACUCUUGUGUUUAGUGGACUUGUGAUCUCCAGACUGAUGGUGCCAUUGGUAUGGGAAAAGGGAGAUUUGGCAGGUGUGGGAGCUGCUGAUCUGGCAACCCUGUUCUCAAUCUUCUCCACACUGCCAAAGGUGCAGAGAUGAGGCAAGGACAGUGAAACUAAAAACGUCAGCUGAAAAUGGCACACUGGCGUUCUCUCGCUCGAUGACAAAGGGAUAUGGUGUUUCAUCAUUAGCCCUCCAUCCCUUUUGUGUCUCAGAGAUGCCAGGUGUGCAACCUAGCCUGUUUGGUCUAUGUUCGUUACAAUCUUUUCACCAAUGUCCAUUUGCUCCUCAUUUCGUUGCAGCCUUUGUCUCCGUUAGGCUCCAACAUGGCUGCCCAUAUUCACUAUAAACUGGGUGAAUCCAGUCUAAUUGACUUACCAGCGUCUUCAUGAGUUUGAUGAUAAUGAUAUUUUUGGUUUAUCUGUCAGUAAUCCUCAAUCUGUGGCCCUCUCUCGCCCCCUGCAGGCCAAGUCGUGUAUCUGUCACAUGUGCGGCACCCACCUGAACCGGCUCCACUCCUGUCUGUCCUGUGUCUUCUUUGGCUGCUUCACCAAGAAACACAUCCACGAGCACGCCAAAAACAAACGACACAAUCUAGGUAAGAUGCACACAAGCACGACAACCGACACAACCCUGCUUAUGAGAACAUCACAGCAAAGAGCUCACCGUCCUAUCUUGGGCGGGGCUGUAGUGUAGCUCCUCCUCCAUAGCCCACAGCCUGAGUCCCACCGUCUCAGCCCUGCCCUCACAGAGAGGAGAGGCCAUAGAACAUCUGCUCUGCUCCACUGCCUCAGUCUCCUAACUCGUUCAUAUUCAACACAUCAGACCUGUCCAUCACCAUCAGCACCACCACAACACUCACGCCCACUGCCAGGUCUCCCACCUACCUCCCCCUGAAACAUCAAAGACUCCUAAUUAUUCCCUCCGCUUAAUGAGGUAGGCCUCGGCCGCCCCUCCGCCUCCUCUACUCACACAAGUAGCUAAUUGUACUGUUGUGGAGGAGGGUAAUAGAGCACCCAGCCUGCUUCAUGAAGCAGACUGUAAAUAAACACACUGUACCCUUUUGUUCUCCUCAAGGGAAAGCAUGAAGACGAGAGACACCACUGCUUUUUUAUUUGCGGCAAAACCUCAAAUGAUCACCCAGAGACCCCAUGGCAUGCUGAAUGUGUCAACACACUUUGUUUGGUUGUUGUUACCGCUGUUGCCGGCAAAUCACCAACUCAUUAUGGAACAUAAUCACAACACAAUGCAACACUCCAGGACUAUUCCCCAGGGGCUAUUGAACGUCACCUGUGAAUUUGGUCACACCUAGACACUAGGCACCAAUGAGUUGGUUGCUGCAGCUUUGUUGCACCAAAGUGCCUGAGUAGGUCAGUGCAUUAGCCUUGGCCUCGUCCUUUUAUCAAUAAUGUGGGGGCGACUGCACUGCAACACUAAGUAAUGGGCCUCCGGCUCGGAGCUAGGAUAGGAUAUACACUCGCUGGACAGUUUAUUAGGUACACUCAUCUAGUGCAGGCUCGGAUCGACCUUUUGCCUCCAGAACAGCCUGAAUUCUUCGGCGCAUGGAUUUUACAAGUCGGAAACGUUCCACAGGGAUGUUGGUCCAUGCUGACGCGAUUGCAUCACGCAGUUUCUGCAGAUUGGACGGCGGUACACCACCGCCACCAGCCUGUACUGUUGACACCAGGUAGGAUGGGUCCAUGGACUCAUACUGCUUACGCCAAAUUCUGACUCUGCCUGGUGCGUCAUGCUGAUGGCAAUGUUUUUCCACUCCUGAAUUGUCCAGUAUUGGUGAUCGCAUGCCCAAUGGAGACUCUUCUUCUUGUUUUUAGCUGAUAGGAGUGGAACCCGGUGUGGUAGUCUGUUGCAAUAGCCCAUCCGUGACAAGGAUCGACAGGUUGUGCAUUCCGAGAUGCUGUUCUGCACACCACUGUUGUCCUGUACCGUUAUUUGUCUGUUUGUGACCCGCCUGUUAGCUUGCACGAUUCUUGCCGUUCUCCUUCGACCUCUCUCAUCAACAAGCAGUUUUCACCCACUGGACUGCCGCUGACUGGAUGUUUUUUGUUUGUUGCACCAGUCUCUGUAAACCCCAGACACUGUUGUGCAUGAAAAGCCCAGGAGGGCAGCCAGUUUCUGAGAUACUGGAUCCGGCGUGGCUGGCACUGACGAGCAUACGGCGCUCAGUCGCUUAGGUCACUCGUUUUGCCCAUUCUAAUGUUCAAUCGAACAGUAACUGAAUUCCUCGACGCCUGUCUGCCUGCUUUAUAUAGCAAGCCACAGCCACGUGACUAACUGUCUGUAGGAGCGAUCCCUUUCUGUGAAUGGGGUGGUGUACCUAGUAAACUGUCCACUGAGUGUGUGAGUGUAUAGCUUUUCUCUUCCCAAUAUAGGGAAUAAUGGACUAAAAGUUAUUGUGUCGUGUUUAGAUGUAGUAAUGCUUGUUAGGGGGAUGAUCUAGGCUAGUGUUAGUGAUGCGGCAGUGCAGGCUUCCCAUGUGCUUGGCAACACAGUCAGUUCAGUGUUAUCUCGUAGCCCAGGCCCGUGUGUGCGCGCUCCCUCCCAGCCCCUCUGGAGAGUAAUUAGGGUGUUAAUUAGUUUAGCUACUGAAUACAAAUGUGCCAGCGUACAGAUAGAUUUACGCUACAGCAGCAGCAGAAGAAAAGGACAGAUCUCACUAGACUAGUGUGCAGGGUAAUUAACACCUCUUCAUAAACGCUACAGAAUUAAAUUAAAGAUAUUCCUUCUCUUCUGGAUCAUACACUCCGUUUUCCUUUCAUUUUCAUUUUUUUCUUCCUUUCAGAUAUUUGGUUAUUCUAUUUUAGCUCAUGUUAUGUUUUGUCUUCUUUCUCUCCUUCCCUCUUCUGGGUUCCCAUGGUUACCUGAAGGUCCGUGGGUUUAUUUUAGUUUUAGGCUCCUCUCCAGCAAUAAGUCUGGUCUCACCUUGUUACGCAACUCUGUUCGUUCUCUCUCCUGGUCUUAUUGUGCCUUUUUAACAGCGUGGCUGUCAUUCAAUCUGGGGCCUAAGGCUAGUGUUUCGCUCUCUCUGUCCUGUUUCUGUGAUCGAUUAGGGAGUCGCCUCCCUCGUUGAUGUGACAAUCUACAGGGAAGUUCUCUUUUCACUACAAUAUCCACGGUGUAUUGCAUCUGUAAAACAAACAGUUUUUUUUAUUUAUUUUGGUGUGAAUUGAGUCUACAGGCAGACUAGAUGUUCUUGUAUUUGCUAUCAGCUACAGCUUGGUACUGACCCACCUGUACCUGCAGGGCCCAGCCUGACAUUUCAAUACAUUCAGUCACACCAGUCAACACCAUAUCGUAUCUAAACCACAUGAAUACUGUAAUUAAUCAUUCGGGUGACCAUUUACACACACACACACACACACACACACACACACACACCCUGCAUGCCCCUUGCUCUCUCGACAUACACCUGAUGCUCAUAACGUCUGCCUCAAGCAGACAAUUGAAUAGGCAGGUUGUCAUGGGAACUGCCAACAGCUAUUGGCGCUGCGGUCGCUGAAAAGGUGAGGAGGAUAUGGUGGAUAGAGAGGUGGAUCUCUCCCUCUGUCUGUGUGGGUACCUGCAUGCAUGGUCGUCGACUGGACUCCCAUUUCUCUCACUGUCUUUUUCGACUGUGCUAGGGGUGUUAGUAGAAAAGUAAAGAUGUCAGCACGUAAGCUGUCCUUGCAGAGGUAUAGAACGUGUUCAGGAGGACAAGAAGAGGACUAGCUAGCUGCAUACCCACCUUUCUCAACAACUACCUUGAGGGCUAUAAAUUUGUUGAAUGUUCCAACAUAGCCUUGAGCUUAUUCCUUCCUUCCUCCUCCCAUCUCUAAUUUCUUCCUCUCUCUCUCUUUUUCUCUUCCAGCUAUAGAUCUAUUGUACGGCGGGAUAUACUGCUUUGUGUGCCAAGACUACAUAUAUGACAAAGACAUGGAACAGAUUGCCAAAGAGGAACAAAGGAAAGUGUGGAAGUUGCAAGGUAGGUUCUUUCCCUUAUUCAAUCCCUCAGUAGGGCCCUCUGGCUUGCAACAUAGCACACUGACACCUCAGCUAUAGGUGCAGCUUUAGGGAUCCACAGUGUAGUUCAUUAAGGCACCUCUCGUUGUGUUAAAGAACACCCAUAUUCCCUAAAAGAUUCCACUGCCUUGGGCCAUGUAUGUUUCCAUAUUUUGUAUUCCCUUCCGCUUUGGCUUAUGGUUCAGCUACCUGGCUUGUUAAAUAUAAGUCCCCACAUCCACUCUCUCCGCUCUGCACUCGUUUAAAAAAAAAAAUGUUUUAAUUCCUGUCGUUUGUGUUUGUGUCAGGUGUAGGGGAGAAGUAUUCGACGUGGGAGCCCACCAAGCGAGAGCUGGAGCUGCUGCGGCACAAUCCAAAGCGCCGGAGAAUAACGUCAAACUGCACCAUCGGUGAGGGCACCUCCAGCGCUGCACAGGCUGGCUACAGCAAGAGUUGUCUUGUGCCUGGUCGGAAAAACAAACCGUAGUCUCUUACCCUGGUCCCUUAUCCUAGCUCCUUACCCUGGUCCCUUAUCCUAGCUCCUUACCCUGGUCCCUUAUCCUAGCUCCUUACCCUGGUCCCUUAUCCUAGCUCCUUACCCUGGUCCCUUAUCCUAGCUCCUUACCCUGGUCCCUUAUCCUAGCUCCUUAUCCUGGUCCCUUACCCUGGUCCCUUAUCCUAGCUCCUUACCCUGGUCCCUUAUCCUGGUACCUUAUCCUAGCUCCUUAUCCUGGUCCCUUAUCCUAGCUCCUUACCCUGGUCCCUUAUCCUAGCUCCUUAUCCUGGUCCCUUACCCUGGUCCCUCAUCCUAGCUCCUUACCCUGGUCCCUUAUCCUAGCUCCUUAUCCUGGUCCCUUAUCCUAGCUCCUUAUCCUGGUUCCUUAUCCUAGCUCCUUACCCUGGUACCUUAUCCUAGCUCCUUACCCUGGUCCCUUAUCCUAGCUCCUUACCCUGGUACCUUAUCCUAGCUCCUUACCCUGGUCCCUUAUCCUAGCUCCUUACCCUAGGCUCUCCCCUUUCUGUGUUUCCAAAUCUGAAGAAACCCAAUGAUGGGAUAAGCGAUAUAGCAGAAGGAAGUUAUAAUGUUUGGUGGAGCCAUUGCCAUAUUGAACACACCAGACCUGCAAACACAGAAGGGUUAGAGGAAGGAGGCAGACUAACGCAACCCUGGUCUGCAUUUCUCUACAUGGGUGUAGGUCAUUCCCUAUGAGGUUCAAUGUGAUGACCGCAGCUGCAGUGCAGACUGUGGGUGUAUGGAGCACGUGGGUGGAUAGAACCCCCAGUCUCUCCUGGGGGGGGGGGGGGGGAUCUGAGUUUUAUGAAGUGCUUUCCAGUGGGGAAAUAAGACCAACCUAUCCUCUCCUCUUUUUUUUCCAUCGCCCUCUCAUUCACACCCCUCCUCCACACAGCUAGGGAGCAGCUCUGCUCAGACUGAGAUGUAGAAUGAAUGGUGUUAAACAGCAUCGCUGCAGGCUACUGCUAACCGCUCGCUGUCCCUCUGCUCUCCUCUCCUCUCUCUAUGCUAAAUGUAAUGAGGUUGGAAGAGAUGAAAAAGCCCAACUCUAAAUGUCUUUUUGUCAAGCUGCCUGUGUGUGGCUGAGUCAAAGUACAUUGAACCUGAUUGAAGCCUAUGUGACACACAGAGAAUGGUGCAUGAUGGGGAAUGUAUUCAUGUCCAGAAGGCAGAAGCCUCCGCUCUCUGACAGGAUCUGCUUGUCUCCUCUUCCCUCUUUUCUUUUAACUAAACUCACAGGGUUGUAGCGUGAGCAGGUGGUCAGGAACAACGGGUUUGGAGCAUGUCCAGGCUUCAGAGCAUGGCAUUUUAGCGUGUGUCUGUGCAAGAGAGAGACAAAUAUUCAGUAGUAUGUUAUCGAUCAGGGGUUUAUGAAGUGGGGAAAAUGACCUUCCUUUCUCACCCCUCUCUUUCUCACCCCUCCUCCACACAGCUAGGGAACAGCUCAGAGAUGGAGAAUGAAUGGUGUUAAACAGCAUCGCUGCAGCCUACUGCUAGCUGCUAACCACUCGCGUUCUCUCUGCGUUCUCUCUCUAUCUGUGUCUCUCUCUCUCUCUCUCGGUGAGAAAUAUAAAAUGUGAAUUUUAAUUUUUUGUCAUGAUGCCCUCUUGCCCCCGUAGGUGACACACACAGAGAAUGGGGUUUGUGUCCGGAAGGCAGCGAACUCCUCGCUCUUGUCUCAACCCUCCUCUCCAGCCCCCCUCAUUUUCCCUCCAUCCCUCUUUUUCUUGUAACUAAACUUCUAGCGUGAGCAGCUGGUCAGGGCCAACGUGUGUGGCGCGUGUGCCUGAUCUCACCUGUCAGGGUCUCCCAUCUCUGUGGGUCUCUUACCCUGUUGUCCUCCUGCCAGUGUGGGGCUGCUGUGUUCACUUCAACCUUCCUCUAGGGACCACUGUGGCCAUCUGUGAUAGUGUGGCCUACACUGGUUCUCAUUUACUGUGGUGGUUUAGGCACUGGAAAUUAUAUUCAAGAUGGGUUUUCUCUCUGUUUCUAAGUGUCUCGCUCUCUCUCUCUCGCUGUCUCUCUCUCUCUCUCUCUCUCUCAAUGUGUCUCUGUCUCUCGCUGUCUCUCUGUCUCUCUCUCUCGGUGUCUCUCUCUCUCUCUGUCUCCCUCAGGUCUUCGAGGUCUGAUCAACCUGGGCAACACGUGUUUUAUGAACUGCAUCGUCCAGGCCCUCACCCACACACCCCUGCUGCGGGACUUCUUCCUGUCCGACAGACACAAGUGUGAGAUGCAGUCCAACUCCUGUCUGGUGUGUGAGAUGUCACAGCUCUUUCAGGAGGUAAGGGGUUAAAAAUAUAUCUCUCUUUCAGUCUCACACGUUCUCCUACCUCUUUCUCUCUCAGCCCACCUCUACAGCUGUCUAACCUCUUCUAAAUCGUUCAUCCGUCUCAGCCCAACUACACUCUCUCUUCUUCUCUCCCUCUAAAACCAUAUCUAAAACCAUUAUUGUGGACGUACUUAGUACGUAGUAUGGUUUAAGUGCCUGUUUCAUCUCCAACCUUUUCUCUCUCCUUGUUUUCCCUUACUUUCUUUCCCUCUCUUCAUCCCCCAUCUAUUUGUCCCAUUUUUAUCUGUCCCUCUUUUCCACAUACUCUGCCUCUCCUCCUAACGUUUCCCCUUUCUUCCCUGCUCUUUUCCUCCUCUCUCUCUGUCAGUUCUACUCGGGCCACCGUUCGCCCCACAUUCCCUUCCGGCUGCUGCACCUGGUGUGGACUCACGCGCGCCACCUAGCAGGCUACGAGCAGCAGGAUGCCCACGAGUUCCUCAUCGCUGCCCUGGAUGUGCUGCACCGCCACUGCAAAGGUCUGCAUCAUAGUACAGGGACAGGGACACACACACACACACACACACUACAUUAUAAGCCUUAGACCUACCUUGUGUAUACAGUGCAUUCGGAAAGUAUUCGGAACCCUUGACUUUUCCCACAUUUAGUUACAUUUACAGCCUUAUUAUUAAAUUUUAUUUUUUCUCAGCAAUCUACACACAAUACCCCAUAAUGACAAAGCUAAUUUCUUAGAAAUAAAAAACCGGAAAUGUUACAUUAGUAAUCAGACCCUUUACUCAGUACUUUGUUGAAGCACCUUUGGCAGCGAUUAUAGCCUCAAGUCUUCUUGGGUAUGACGCUACAAGCUUGGCACACCUGUAUUUGGGGAGUUUCUCUCAUUCUUCUCUGCAGAUCCUCUCAAGCUCUGUCAGGUUGGAUGGGGAGCGUCGCUGCACAGCUAUUUUCAGGUCUCUCCAGAGAUGUUCGAUUGGGUUCGGGCUCUGGCUGGGCCACUCAAGGACAUUCAGAGACUUGUCCCGAAGCCACUCCUGCGUUGUCUUGGCUGUGUGCUUAGGGUCGUUGUCCUGUUGGAAAGUGAACGUUCGCCCCCAGUCUGAUGUCCUGAGUGCCCAGGUGCAGGUUUUCAUCAAGGAUCUCUCUGUACUUUUCUCCGUUCAUCUUUCCCUGGAUCCUGACUAGUCUCCCAGUACCUGCCGCUGAAAAACAUCCCCACAGCAUGUUGCUGCCACCACCAUGCUUCACCGUAGGGAUGGUGCCAGGUUUCCUCCAGAUGUGACGCUUGACAUUCAGUCCAAAGAGUUCAAUGUUGGUUUCAUCAGACCAGAGAAUGUUGUUUCUCAUGGUCUGAGAGUCCUUUAGGUGCCUUUUGGCAAACUCCAAGCGGGCUGUCAUGUGCCUUUUAUUGAGGAGUGGCUUCCGUCUGGCCGCUCUACCAUAAAGGCCUGAUUGGUGGAGUGCUACAGAGAUGGAUGUUCUUCCAUCUCCACAGAGAAACUCUGGAGCUCUGUCAGUGACCAUCGGGUUCUUGGUCUUGGUGGUUCCAAACUUCUUCCAUUUAAGAAUGAUGGAGGCCACUGUGUUCUUGGGGACCUUCAAUGCUGCAGAAAUGUUUUUGUACCAUUCCCCAGAUCUGUGCUUCGACCAAAUCCUGUCUCGGAGCUCUACGGACAAUUCCUUUGACCUAAUGGCUUGGUUUUUGCUCUGACAUGCACUGUCAACUGUGGGACCUUUUUAUAUAGACAGGUGUGUGCCUUUCCAAAUCAAUUGAAUUUACCACAGGUGGACUCCAAUCAAGUUGUAGAAACAUCUCAAGGACGAUCAAUGGAAACAGGAUGCACCUGAGCUCAAGUUCGACUCUCACAGCAAAGGGUCUGAAUACUUAAGUAAAUAAGGUAUAUCUGUUUUUUCUGAAUGCUCUAUAUAUACAUGGGCAGAGACACUUACACACACACACACACACACACACACACACACACACACACACACAUUGUAGAAAGUAGACUCCUCUACUCAAAUGGCACCCACACUCUACUUAAGCCGCAGUCAAAGGGUGGGAGGAAAAGCAGGAAUGUAAGAGAGGGGGUGAGACUGAACUACAGAGGAGGAGAAUGAGGGGACAUGGCUGUGCUGGUCUGCUAACUAACUGCCUGGAUGAGAUGAGGCUACUGACUGACUGACUACCUGGAUGAGAUGAGAUUACUAACUGACUGACUACCUAGAUGAGAUGAGGCUACUGACUGACUGACUACCUGGAUGAGAUGAGGCUACUGACUGACUGACUACCUGGAUGAGAUGAGGCUACUAACUGACUGACUACCUGGAUGAGAUGAGGCUACUGACUGACUGACUACGUGGAUGAGAUGAGGCUACUGACUGACUGACUACCUGGAUGAGAUGAGGCUACUGACUGACUGACUACCUGGAUGAGAUGAGGCUACUAACUGACUGACUACCUGGAUGAGAUGAGAUUACUAACUGACUGACAGCCUGAAUGAGAUUACUAACUGACUGACUACCUGGAUGAGAUGAGGCUACUAACUGACUGACUACCUGGAUGAGAUGAGAUUGCUAACUGACUGACUACCUGGAUGAGAUGAGAUUACUAACUGACUGACAGCCUGAAUGAGAUGAUAUUACUAACUGACUGACAGCCUGAAUGAGAUGAGGCUACUAACUGACUGACUGCCUGAAUGAGAUGAGGCUACUGACUGACUGACAGCCUGAAUGAGAUGAGGCUACUGACUGACUGACAGCCUGAAUGAGAUGAGGCUACUGACUGACUGACAGCCUGAAUGAGAUGAGGCUACUGACUGACUGACAGCCUGAAUGAGAUGAGGCUACUGACUGACUACCUGGAUGAGAUGAGGCUACUGACUGACUACCUAGAUGAGAUGAGGCUACUGACUGACUACCUAGAUGAGAUGAGGCUACUGACUGACUACCUAGAUGAGAUGAGGCUGCUAACUGACUGACUACCUAGAUGAGAUGAGGCUACGAACUGACUGACUACCUGGUUGAGAUGAGGCUACUAACUGACUGACUACCUAGAUGAGAUGAGGCUACGAACUGACUGACUACCUGGAUGAGAUUACUAACUGACUGACUACCUGGAUGAGAUGAGGCUACUAACUGACUGACUACCUGGAUGAGAUGAGAUUACUAACUGACUGACAGCCUGAAUGAGAUUAGAUUACUAACUGACUGACAGCCUGAAUGAGAUGAGAUUACUAACUGACUGACAGCCUGAAUGAGAUGAGGCUACUAACUGACUGACUACCUGGAUGAGAUGAGAUUACUAACUGACUGACUACCUGGAUGAGAUGAGGCUACUAACUGACUGACAACCUGGAUGAGAUGAGGCUACUAACUGACUAACAGCCUGGAUGAGAUUACUAACUGACUGACUACCUAGAUUAGAUGAGGCUACUGACUGACUACCUGGAUGAGAUGAGGCUACUAACUGACUGACUACCUAGAUGAGAUGAGGCUACUAAAUGACUGACUACCUAGAUGAGAUGAGGCUACUAACUGACUGACAGUCUGAAUGAGAUGAGGCUACUAACUGACUGACAGCCUGAAUGAGAUGAGGCUACUAACUGACUGACUACCUGGAUGAGAUAACUAACUGACUGACUACCUGGAUGAGAUGAGGCUAACUGACUGACUACUUAGAUUAGAUGAGGCUACUGACUGACUACCUGGAUGAGAUGAGGCUACUAACGGACUGACUACCUAGAUGAGAUGAGGCUACUAACUGACUGACUACCUAGAUGAGAUGAGGCUACUAACUGACUGACAGCCUGAAUGAGAUGAGGCUACUAACUGACUGACUACCUGGAUGAGAUGAGAUUACUGACUGACAGCCUGAAUGAGAUGAGAUUACUAACUGACUGACAGUCUGGAUGAGAUGAGAUUACUAACUGACAGACAUCCUGGAUGAGAUGAGAUUACUAACUGACUGACAUCCUGAAUGAGAUGAGGCUACUAACUGACUGACUACCUAGAUGAGAUGAGGCUACUAACUGACUGACUACCUAGAUGAGAUGAGGCUACUAACUGACUGACUACCUAGAUGAGAUGAGGCUACUAACUGACUGACUACCUAGAUGAGAUGAGGCUACUGACUGACUACCUGGAUGAGAUGAGGCUACUAACUGACUGACAGCCUGAAUGAGAUGAGGCUACUAACUGACUGACAGCCUGGAUGAGAUUACUAACUGACUGACUACCUGGAUGAGAUGAGAUUACUAACUGACAGACAUCCUGGAUGAGAUGAGAUUACUAACUGACUGACUACCUGGAUGAGAUGAGAUUACUAACUGACUGACUACCUAGAUGAGAUGAGGCUACUGACUGACUACCUGGAUGAGAUGAGGCUACUACCUGACUGACAGCCUGAAUGAGAUGAGGCUACUAACUGACUGACAGCCUGGAUGAGAUUACUAACUAACUGACUGACUACCUAGAUUAGAUGAGGCUACUGACUGACUACCUGGAUGAGAUGAGGCUACUAACUGACUGACUACCUAGAUGAGAUGAGGCUACUAAAUGACUGACUACCUAGAUGAGAUGAGGCUACUAACUGACUGACAGUCUGAAUGAGAUGAGGCUACUAACUGACUGACAGCCUGAAUGAGAUGAGGCUACUAACUGACUGACUACCUGGAUGAGGUUACUAACUGACUGACUACCUGGAUGAGAUGAGGCUACUAACUGACUGACUACCUAGAUGAGAUGAGGCUACUAAAUGACUGACUACCUAGAUGAGAUGAGGCUACUAACUGACUGACUACCUAGAUGAGAUGAGGCUACUAACUGACUGACUACCUAGAUGAGAUGAGGCUACUAACUGACUGACAGCCUGAAUGAGAUGAGGCUACUAACUGACUGACUACCUGGAUGAGAUGAGAUUACUGACUGACAGCCUGAAUGAGAUGAGAUUACUAACUGACUGACAGCCUGGAUGAGAUUACUAACUGACUGACAUCCUGGAUGAGAUGAGAUUACUAACUGACUGACAUCCUGAAUGAGAUGAGGCUACUAACUGACUGACUACCUGGAUGAGAUGAGAUUACUAACUGACUGACUACCUAGAUGAGAUGAGGCUACUAAAUGACUGACUACCUAGAUGAGAUGAGGCUACUAAAUGACUGACUACCUAGAUGAGAUGAGGCUGCUAACUGACUGACUACCUAGAUGAGAUGAGGCUACUAACUGACUGACUACCUAGAUGAGAUGAGGCUACUAACUGACUGACAGCCUGAAUGAGAUGAGGCUACUAACUGACUGACAGCCUGAAUGAGAUGAUAUUACUAACUGACUGACAGCCUGAAUGAGAUGAUAUUACUAACUGACUGACAGCCUGAAUGAGAUGAGGCUACUAACUGACUGACUACCUGGAUGAGAUGAGGCUACUGACUGACUGACAGCCUGAAUGAGAUGAGGCUACUAACUGACUGACUACCUGGAUGAGAUGAGGCUACUAACUGACUACCUAGAUGAGAUGAGGCUACAAACUGACUACCUAGAUGAGAUGAGGCUACUGACUGACUACCUAGAUGAGAUGAGGCUACUAACUGACUGACUACCUAGAUGAGAUGAGGCUACGAACUGACUGACUACCUGGAUGAGAUGAGGCUACUAACUGACUGACUACCUAGAUGAGAUGAGGCUACGAACUGACUGACUACCUGGAUGAGAUUACUAACUGACUGACUACCUGGAUGAGAUGAGGCUACUAACUGACUGACAACCUGGAUGAGAUGAGAUUACUAACUGACUGACAGCCUGAAUGAGAUUAGAUUACUAACUGACUGACAGCCUGAAUGAGAUGAGAUUACUACCUGACUGACAGCCUGAAUGAGAUGAGGCUACUAACUGACUGACUACCUGGAUGAGAUGAGAUUACUAACUGACUGACUACCUGGAUGAGAUGAGGCUACUAACUGACUGACUACCUAGAUGAGAUGAGGCUACUGACUGACUACCUAGAUGAGAUGAGGCUACUAACUGACUGACUACCUAGAUGAGAUGAGGCUACUAACUGACUGACUACCUAGAUGAGAUGAGGCUACUAACUGACUGACAGCCUGAAUGAGAUGAGAUUACUAACUGACUGACAGCCUGAAUGAGAUGAGGCUACUAACUGACUGACUACCUGGAUGAGAUGAGAUUACUGACUGACAGCCUGAAUGAGAUGAGAUUACUGACUGACUGACUGCCUGGAUGAGAUGAGAUUACUAACUGACUGACAUCCUGGAUGAGAUGAGAUUACUAACUGACUGACUACCUAGAUGAGAUGAGGCUACUAACUGACUGACUACCUAGAUGAGAUGAGGCUACUAACUGACUGACUACCUGGAUGAGAUGAGGCUACUAACUGACUGACUACCUGGAUGAGAUGAGGCUACUAACUGACUGACUACCUGGAUGAGAUGAGGCUACUAACUGACUGACUACCUGUAUGAGAUGAGCUACUAACUGACUGACUACCUGGAUGAGAUGAGGCUACUAACUGACUGACUACCUGGAUGAGAUGAGAUUGCUAACUGACUGACAGCCUGAAUGAGAUGAGGCUACUAACUGACUGACAGCCUGAAUGAGAUGAGAUUACUAACUGACUGACAGCCUGAAUGAGAUGAGAUUACUAACUGACUGACAGCCUGAAUGAGAUGAGGCUACUAACUGACUGACUACCUGGGUGAGAUGAGGCUACUGACUGACUGACUACCUGGAUGAGAUGAGGCUACUGACUGACUGACAGCCUGAAUGAGAUGAGGCUACUGACUGACUGACAGCCUGAAUGAGAUGAGGCUACUGACUGACUGACAGCCUGAAUGAGAUGAGGCUACUGACUACCUGGAUGAGAUGAGGCUACUGACUGACUACCUGGAAGAGAUGAGGCUAACUGACUGACAGCCUGAAUGAGAUGAGAUGAUAUGAGCUGAGAGGCUACUAAUUGACACAGUCACUCAUUACAUAAGCACUGAUUGUGUUAGAUUGGCUAUGUGUCCUCCUCCACCAUCCCCCUUUCUCUCACUCCGUCUCUCUGAUAAUGUGGUAAGGGGGAUCUGAUAAUGUGGUAAGGGGGACAGGAGGGUUUAUAUGGUAGUUCUCAAUUGUGUCCCUGUGCUCACCAAGGAGAUGGUAACGGGAAGAAGGCUAACAACCCCAAUAACUGCAACUGCAUCAUCGACCAAAUCUUCACUGGAGGCCUGCAGUCUGACGUGACAUGUCAAGUCUGCCAGUAAGCUCCUCUCUUCGUGUGUGCUUGUUUGUCAGUGUUUUUUUUUCUUCUAUGUUACAUUUAUGCUUCACCCUUACUUAGUGUGUGUGUGUGUGUGUGUGCUCUUGGUGCAUCAUGUUUUACAUCACUCACUGUCAGUCCUGGUCUGACCCCCUCUCCUCUGCAGUGAGUCAGGGAGAGUGGGACUGAUUUGAACAGACAAACACCACCCACUGUUUCACUCCCUCUGCUAUAGCAAGUCCCCUACUGGACAGUGGUCUACCCCCACCUGGUGGACACAUGGAGCAUUACACUAUAUUAGUUUGAUACACUGAUAUAGAAACAUUUGUGCAACAUUUUGAAUACAUGCAUACAUAGAUGCAUGCAAACUAAUAUUGUCAAAGUGUUGUGACUACUUAUAUGGUGGGGUCAUAACAUGGUCCCAUAGGCUUCAGGUCUGUCAAAGCCCAAACGUUAGUGCCAUUCCCUCAGACUCCUCCCCUCUCGUCCUGUAGUGGUGUUUCCACGACGAUAGACCCGUUCUGGGAUAUCAGUCUGGACCUGCCGGGGUCGUCCACACCCUUCUGGCCCCUCAGCCCCGGGGGGGACGGCAGCACACUCAACGGAGAGAGCCACCUCUCAGGGGCCACCACGCUCACAGACUGUCUACGCAGGUAUCUCAUCCCUUUAUCUCGAUUUCUCCCUCUAUUUCUCUAUCCCUCUCUCCAUCUAUCAGGGGCCACCACUCUGACUGUCUACUCCGGUACCUCAUCACGAUUCUCCACUUCCUGUUUGUCUCUCUAGUCUGCUGUCCAGCUCUCUCCACAUCCAAAGGGGACACCACCAAUCUCUUUCACACACACACACUCACCCAAGUGUGUUCUGACCAUGGUCCCGUCUUCCGCAGAUUUACCCGACCAGAGCACUUGGGGAGCAGCGCCAAGAUCAAAUGUAGCGGUUGCCAUAGUUACCAGGAGUCCACCAAACAGCUGACCAUGAAGAAGCUCCCCAUUGUGGCGUGUUUCCACCUCAAAGUGAGUGUGUGUGUGUGUGUGUGUGUGUGUGUGUGUGUGUGUGUUUUCUCUGUAUUUGUGUAAAAGGUAGUGAGAGCUCCAGGUUUAGUUCCAUUUUCCACUUCAAACUCAUGUCCUACCACUUAUCGCUCUACCCGCUCUCUUUCUUCAUCUUAUUUUUUUCUCUCGCUCUCCUCUUUCUCUCCUCUCCCCAGCGGUUUGAACACUCGGCGAAGCUGCGGAGGAAGAUCCCUACGUACGUCUCCUUCCCCUUAGAACUGGACAUGACUCCCUUCAUGGCCUCCAGGUCAGUCUGAACAAUGAGCCAGUCCCACCGUGGAAGAGAUGAGGGCUGCAUCUCAAUAGUCUGAAGUCACUUCCUCAUAUUUUCACCAGGUGAAGUCACCAAGUGAAAGUCAGCCCACUGAUGGUCUCCUUGCCAUGUAGCUUUCACGUGGCAAUUCUCAAAUCAGUGCUAACGAAGGAAGGAGACAAGGAAAGGAAGCCCCAAGGAAAGGAAGCCCCUUGAGUCAACUGAAAUGCAGCCCUGCUCUCUCAUAGAAUUAAAUAGGUGUGUGUAUGUGCUGUCAGACCAACCACGCCCAUUUUCUGUGUAUGUAAUUGGUGUGUUAACUUAAUUAGCCAAACACGUGUGUGUGUGUGUGUGUGUGUGCGCACGCACACACUAACGCAGAACCCCCUGUGCAUAUCCCCUGAUGCACAGCAUGUCAAAACAACACCUGCUGCUGAGGGGGACUCAAAUGGAUUCAGAUCGCUCUCCUCCAGAGAGAAAGAGCGAUGCCAGGAACUGCAUUAAUUAAUUGACUGAAUGAAUGUGUGGGUAUGUAUGAAAGAGAUGCGUUAUAUUGUUGUGGAGGUGGGAAUGUAAUCUCUAGGGUUAGUAUCUCACCAGGCAGUCAGUCAGGGGCCUCAUUAGAAACCGUGCAUGGCAGGGUGAGGUGUUAAUGUCAUAGCGAACUCAACUUCAUAGGGGUGCUUUAGGAUUCAUUGUAAUGUACAUGUGUGAUAUUAAAGGGAUCGUUCACCCAAAUUACAAAAUCACAUUGGUUUCCUUACCCUGUAAGCAGUCUAUGGACAAUGUGAGAUGGCAUUCCAUGCUUUGGUUUAGUUUCCCUGGUACUGUUAGCGUUAGCAUGUGGAAACAGUGCCAGGGAAACUAAACCAAAGCAUGGAUUGCCGUCUCACCUUGUCCAUAGACUGCUUUACAGGGUAAGGAAACCAAAAUGUGAUUGUCAUUUUGGUGAACUAUCCCUAGAGUGAAGUCUAAAGAUGGCUUAGUAUGACAACCUUUGUUCAUCGUUUCUGACAUGUUGUCUGUGUGUCUUUCAGUAAAGAGAGUAGGAUGAACGGACAGUACCAGCAUUCAGUAGACGUGUUCAACAACGACAAUAAGUACGUGCACUGUCCCUCUAACAAUGGUACUAGAUUGCAUAUAAAGAACAAUAUAAUGACAGUGAAUUGGCUCUUAUGUUCUCUUUUGCUUUGACUUGAACCAAUUCUCACCUAUUUUCUGCCUCGCUUCUUAUCUCUUUUUCUGUCCCUCCCAGGUAUUCUCUGUUUGCGGUGGUCAACCACCAGGGUACUCUGGAAAGCGGUCACUACACCACGUUCAUCCGGCAGCACAAGGACCAGUGGUUCAAGUGUGACGACGCCGUCAUCACCAAGGCCAGCAUCAAGGACGUGUUAGACAGUGAAGGGUAA